GCUUUUGUUGUGACGUCAUACCCGGCGGUGUUCCGCUGGUUGCGCUCGUAUGCGACCGACAGAGAGACGCAACGAAGAAGAAUGGUGAAAGUUAGUGCCCUGCCUUUUGGCAGGUGUGCAUGUGGAAGCAUGUAAUCUUGCAGUGCAUUGUUUUGGUUAUUGCAUCUGUGGGACGGCGGUGUUUACUAAGAUCACAACUUCCAUAUUUUUCGUGGUGGCGUACGAGUAAAGUGGCCAACGGACGAACGAGGCAACAAUGUACGACGACGAGCUGGCGAGCGACGCGACUCGGAUAUUGCAAGAUCUGAGUCUCUUCGAAGUGCCGUCCAGGGACCAUUUGACGGCUGCGACGCCGAAGCGUACGGACACUUCGGCUGGCGAGGAUUUCGAGAAAAAGCGAGAAAUAUAUGCUAAUCUGAACAGUAAGUCUUACCCGGACUUUGCACUGGCGGCAGAUCACGACUAUGGGCGCAUUCUCUCUCGGGCGGCCACCUCUGCGGGCAGCUACGCUUCGGCGGAUGUGCUUGGUAGCCCUCGACGGUACCUUCCAUCCAGCAGGCGUGCUUUGGGCGCAAUCGAGAGCCUAGCCGACGGCAAAGAGUUGCCAGUAUACGCCAGGAUUGACCGUGCUAGCGUAAUUGCCGCCUCUAAGUUCGCGACGCCCAAAGCACCUUGCACCGAAGCAGCAAGUGGAGUGCCGCCGCCCGACUAUGCGCGAUGGGCUGCUUGCAAAACACGAUUGCCGGAUAGCGCUCAUUCGAGUCCGCGUAGCAGCGUCAGUUCGUCGAGCCGUGACUCUCAGCACUCGAACAGUUCCGCCGGCGCUGCGCCCAUCUACGAGAACGUGGCUGCCUUGCAGAGCCCGCGAUCGUCGCUCAGUUCUCAGGACUCGAAGCCACCGAGCCCGCGGGCUAGCCACUGCGAACCGCCGCCGUACCCGCACGCGAAGCCCCCUCCCGAGUAUCCCAUCUACGCCAACCUGGAUGGUUCGUCGUUGCAGCGCAACGGAUUGGUCAAGCCGUGUGCUCAGAAACCGUCCUCGUACGCCUCGAGCGUGCGAUACUCGACGACCGGCAGCAGCAACAGCUUGUCUUGCUCGUACCCGAUCGGCAGGCAGCAGCAGGCCCUCCAGAUGCGGAGCCAGCCGUGCGACAGCAUUGCAGGACUUGCAGCGCGCAGCCCCCAGGCCGCCUGUCCGCAAGUGCCGCCGCAGGCGCUCCCGCCGCCGCCCCCUUACCCGGGCUACAAGCCCAACACGCUCAACACCAAGACGCUGCUGCCGUACAACGUGACCCCGCCGCGGCCCAAGGGUCCCACGGAGGCCGAGAAGAAGAUCGAGGCCCUCAUGCGCCAGAUCGAAGACGAGCUCGAGCAGAACCCGCCGGAGGGAGAGUUUUUCGGUAUCUGCCAUACAUGUGGUGAAAAGGUGACAGGUGCUGGCCAGGCCUGUCAAGCAAUGGGCAACCUCUACCACACUAACUGCUUCAUCUGCUGUUCAUGUGGGCGUGCUCUGAGAGGCAAAGCAUUCUAUAACGUACAUGGCAAGGUGUACUGUGAAGAGGACUACCUGUACUCUGGCUUUCAGCAAACUGCAGAGAAGUGUGCAGUGUGUGGACACUUGAUCAUGGAAAUGAUUCUGCAAGCAAUGGGGAAGUCUUACCAUCCUGGCUGUUUCCGCUGUUGCAUAUGCAAUGAAUGCUUGGAUGGUGUCCCGUUCACAAUUGACAUGGACAACAAGAUAUACUGUGUCAACGACUACCACAAAAUGUUCGCACCUAAGUGUGCAGCUUGUGGAAAGGCAAUUACACCUGUGGAGGGAACAGAUGAAACUGUUCGGGUUGUUUCAAUGGACAAGGAUUUCCAUGUGGAUUGCUAUGUUUGUGAGGAGUGCAGCCUGCAGCUGACAGAUGAGCGGGACAAGCGGUGCUACCCACUGGAUGGCCACUUGCUGUGCCAGGGUUGUCAUGUACGAAGGCUGCAGGCGCAAGGCUCUGUGGCUCGAGGGGAGCCGCCUCCUCAGGGUGCACAAGCGCAGAUUGUAUGGAAUGGAGCACAGCUACAUUAGGCCUUGGCACAUUUCUCUCUCAGGGCUGGUCCUUAAGAGGAAAAAAAAAAAAGAGUUGCCUGAAGAUGGAGGGCACCCUUUCUUUUGCAGCAAGCAGUGCCAAUUCAAGAUUCAACUCUUUGAGAAACGUUUUUAUACAUAUAUAUAUAUAUAUAUAUAUAAUGUAUAUGCAUAGCACUUUUUUUUUUUCUAUCUGAGUGAAUGAAAAGUUUGGUGAAGAGACUUGCAAGGACAUCUUGUUUAAAUGACCAAUGUGCUGGUCGCUAGUGGAUGAGGGAGGCAUACGUGGGCUAGGUGGUAUGGCUGGAACAUGUACAUAGCACUUGCACAUGAAGAACAGUGGGCAUGGUGCAUAAAAUCAUGGUACUGUAAAAAGCUGGCGGUCCAAAGUGGCAGCAGCCACUGUCAUGCCUGCAGCCCAUUUUUCCUGUCUUGCUCUGUGUAUUUUUUUCUUCCUUGCCCAAGAGAGGAGUUUUGAAGCACACACACACAAUUUGCUGGCACGAAGGCAUAUUUUCUGCACACCUAAGGCGUUCUGGCUGGGUGAAUGGUAGAGUGAAGCCACGUACAGUCCAGAACAACUUGAAUGCAGCUGCCAGAGUGUGGCUGGCUGAAGUAGUCUUAAAAGAAGCAAUGUGACCUUCAAAGCAAUUGGAAAUUGUGCAGCCUUCACUUGCCCUUUAGGCUUGCACAUGAAACGGUCGUCACUCCAUGGCCAAAAGUUUUUUCUCUCUCUCUCUUUUAUAGCACUCAUAGCCAUAGAGUUGCAACUCAAGAUGCAACUCAAGUACAGUCGACUUCCAUUGAUUUGACCUCAGUUAAUUAGACUUUUAUUCGCUUAAUUCCAAUGCCCUGAAAAAUUCUGGUGAAGAACAGUACUUUGGCUAUGUAAGAAAAAUUUGUUUAGUUUUAACGCAAAAGCAUGUCGCUUCAGUUAAUUGAAAUUAGCACCGGCCCCCCUCAUGCAUGCAGCAGUUACUAAAACCUUAAAGAACAGUAAAUUCAGCAGACGGCACUCCUUAUUUCCUAGGCGACCUCUGUGAUGACAGCAACGUGCCCUGCAGUGAUGACGACUUGGCACUGUGCCCUAGGCAAAGUCUCGUUAACGAUUUUGUCAGCACAGACAAGAGUGUUGACGUCUGUAGGCCACUGGCCGACAACGACAUGUAUAGCUAUUGUAAUGUUGCAUUGAUGUAGUCUGUCAAUGUAGUCAGACUACUUCAAGUAAUACAAAAGAUUUGAAUUCAUUCAUUUUGCCACCGUUCAUUAAUUCAACCUUUCGGAUAGUGUGAUCAGAACUUAUAGUCCUGCGAGGGUCAAAUUUAAGGGAGUCUACUGUAUGUGUCACAUGGUGGGGACAAUUGUUCUUCGCAAUGGUUCGAACCCGGAGAAAUUAAAUCGGUUGAUUAGUGCAGAGUUGUGCUGAAUAAAUGUCAGUGGUCCUGCACCUCACCUCCUCAUUUUCACUCUCCAUAGAUGUAUGUGUGCAGGCUUCAUCAUGCCUUUUAAGCUCCUUUGGCAGCUCUGCACGAGUUACACACACUACAUUUGUUCCUUCAUAAAGUUUCAUUUGGUAGUGUUAAAGGAUUUAAAGCAGUUUCCAUUCACUAUGAUGCUGUCUUCUUGUUUUCUACCUUUGUUUCUUUUUUUUUUCUUUUUUCUUUUUGACUGCUUGCAUCAUCAACCAUGCAGAGCCAAAAAUAGCUGGAUUUUGCAAGUGGUGGUGUAAGAGCACAUGCAAGGCUUUGUGCUCAUAGACAUGCCCAUGCUUUUAGUGCAUCAGUCACUUGUGACAGGGGCGGUAUCUCAUCCCUUUACCCUGUUAGCACUUUUUUUUUUCUCCUCAAACAGUUAUUUUCAUAAGCAGCUUGUCAUCCAUCAUUACAUUUUACAUGCCUGACUUUUUUACAUUUCGUAUGCACAUACAAUCCUUUGUGCUUGGAUUUAUAUUGACAAACUGUCUCACAGAAGAUGAGAAGGGAAACUUAUAAGGUGCAAAUUCCAAUAAAAGCAAUUGCGCUUUUGCAUGUGCAUUGUUGGUACCAAACUGCAGUGUGCUGAUGCCUGAAUUUAUAAUGUACCAUUAGAAUACUCUGCCUUGACUUAAAAGUUAUGAACAAGUCAAGCAGAAAUGCCAUUGGCCUAUGAUGAAUCAUUGUUAGAGCAUCUACACAAUGACAUUUCUUAAGCAUUCCAUGCAACUUAAGCACCUAGAACCACUGUAAAGCUUAAAAGCUUAAAUUACAUUAUAUAGAGAGCUAUGUCAUCAGUUUAUGCUAGAUACAAAUUUUUUUGUCUUACAAUAUCUAGAUCAGUUUAAAUGUGAUGUCUCUAGAUAAAAGAGAGUCUGCAGAAUAUUGCACAUCUUCAAAACUAAAUGCGCCUUGCCAUCUCACUUUUGCUGAAAUUAUUUUGUGGUCUAAGAUUACCACCCUUGGACACUAUUAUGUUGUGUAGGGACCAAGCUAUCCUUUGGUGCCUACACAUAUAAAUAAAAACUUGGCCACAUUUCACCUGUGUGCUUGUUUUUUGUUUAGCUUUUAUCGUCAGUGGGAAUGAAAUUAUUUGCUAUCUUUGGUAGUUGUAGAAGUAGUGGAGGUUUGUGUUCAGAAGAAUGCUUUUUUGUUUGUCCCGUGGGGGACUAUGCCACUUUGUUAUGCCCGAAAUUUGGGGUUUAGGUGUGCAUGGCGUUUUGCCUGAUGUUGUUGAUGCACUUAGUGCACUGGUCAACAGUAAGGUAUAGGUUGCAGUAAUAUGACUGUUUACAUUUCAUUCAAAAACAUACCACAUUUAUAGUUUGCCUCUUAGAAUGUUUCUAUAUAUUGUGUGACAAUGUUGACAAUGACAAGUGCCUGUAGGUUUGCACUUGUGCACCACUAAUUAAUUGGCCUUGCAACAAGGAAGACAUAAGUAUGCUAACUUAAGACCCUUUGAAAUAUAUAUUCUUUUAUACAUUGCAGUUGCGAUCACAAUGCUGCAGCUGUGGCGUUCUGCUGCUCAGCACAAAAUGGUGGCUUAGACUGCAUUUAGGUUGGUGCAGAACACAAAACCUAAGGUGCUUGAAAGGAGCCCAGAGUUUUCCGCUCCAGCAUCCCUCUAUUCCAGCUUGUGGGACAAAACAAUUAAUAGAUCGAUAGUGUUAUCACGGUUUCAAAAGACAGCUAUCUGUGAACAUCCUUGCUGCCACAAAGAUGUGCGCAUUGUUUUAAUCUAAGAGCAUACAUAGCAUCAUGGCAUGGACAGCAUCUGAGGUGAUAUCCAGUUAGCACACAUAGUUUUGCCUUUCUGUGAACGACAUUCAUUUUGCAUUUUAAUGGGCAAGAAGAAGACAUGCUGAGGGGCUGUGUUCUCUAUAAGUGUGGUUGUCACUGUGCAGCUUGCAUUCACAUCUUUGCAUGUGAAUCUUGAUGUAUAAGCGUCGUAGCAAUAAGUUUCAAUGUAGGAAUGCAACAAGAGAUUGGCAAUGCUACUGUGCAUCUAUAUUUAUGUAUAUGACUACAGAUCAUAGUUUUUCCUGUGUGGAAAACAGAGCCCUAAAACAAAAUGUGCUAUGUUUUCAAGCUGUUUAGUUUGGGAACAGAAGUUUUAUCUUGAGUCAUCUUUGUUAGUUAUAAUGUGGACAUCUCUGUCCCAAGACAAAGCACCAUAAAGAUGGAAUUGUGCUCCAUCAGAUGGCUGGAAGCACUUCCACAUUGUACAAUUUAUAGAAGUAUCACGUUGAUUUGCACUUUUUCCUGUACAGAUGAAUACAAAUGGACCAUAUUUUUUCUUGUGCAAAUAAGUGGUGAUAUAAAGGUUUCUUUUUUUUUCUUUUUUCAUUUGUACAGUUCAUUGACAAUAAACUUUUUGCUAAUUGUCUG